AUGAAUAGCUUGCUAUUGUUUGUUAUUUCGGCUGUUGCGGCUGCUAGUAGUGAUACGAUUCCCAUUUCAUAUGAUACCAGUCAAGUGUUGACUUUGGUCCUGGGAAGUGCUGUUGAGGCAAGUGAAUCACCAAUUGGGCCUGCCGGCUCUUCAGCAGUGGACGCCAUUCUCAGAUCUUUAUCGGCACUUUCGGCAGCUGAUGCUUCAAGCUCUGUUGCGGCAGAAACGACGUCCGAGGAAGCCUCAUCAACUGGAUCAAGUGAAUCAGCUGCAUCAAGCUCAUCCGGUGCUUCAUCAAGCUCUGCUGCAGCAUCAAGCUCGUCGGAGGCGGCAUCUUCUACUCGCGCCUCAUCGGAAAGCUCAUCUGCUUCUGCCUCCAACGUUGGCGCAACAUUGGGUUGUGGAACUGCUAUAUCUCUUUUACUUUUAGCAUUGGUAUAA